UAGUGGGCUUAAAUAUCUGUCUGUGUUCAAGCUAUGGCGAUUUGGCGAUAAGAAUUCAGGAAGAUACUGUUGUUCAUGGCCGCUAUGGCCUCUACACAAUUAUCGUUUGAUCAUAUUUCUCCUCCUUUCACUUAUCCUUCUUCAAACCCACUUCAAUUUCCCAUUCCAUUACCCAAAAUUCAAUCUUUGCACAACCUUAGAGCUAAAAAUAUCAGAAUUUACUGUUCUUCCCAAACAAUUCAUUCAGAUAAAGAAAAUCAAACCAAUCAGACAAAAAAGAAGCAAAAACCCAGACCAAGUUUUCUUGAACAAGUUCAAAAUAAAUGGUCUGUUAAAACCACUUCAUUAAGGGAAAAAUUCCCUUGGCAAGAAUUAAAUUCAGUAUCAAUAGAAGAAGUUGCAGAACAAGACCUCCAGUUUUCUGUGGCAAAAACUGAAGAAAAUCCAGUAGUAAAUGAUUCAGUAAGUUCUGGUUCAAGAAUUAAGGUAAGUUUAGCUCCUUGGGUUCAUGGAAAUCAACCCAAAAAAUCUCAGCUUGUUUCUUUUGAGGCUAGAAAUUUUGAAAAUAAUGCUGAUGAAAGCAAUAUUAUUGGUAAAUCUCUUGAGCAUUGUGAAAAUAAUGUUUCUGAAGAAUUGGAUGUUAAAUCAGGAAAAGAUGAAAAAGAUAUCAAAUUGGAAUCAAGGGAAACAAUGGUUUUACAUAGAUAUGAGAGUUCCUCUAAAAGUUCAGUUAGAUUGCCAUGGCAAGGUGAGAGAGAUGUGGGACCCAUGGGGGGAGACAAGCUGAGAAAAAGUAAUGCAGAAAUGGCAGAGAAAAUGAUACCUGAGCCUCAACUGAAGAAGCUAAGAAAUGCAGCAUUGAGGAUGGUGGAGAGAAUAAAGGUUGGAUCAGCUGGUGUAACACAGGAACUAGUUGACUCAAUUCAUGAGAAGUGGAAAGUGGAUGAGAUUGUUAAAUUGAGAUUUGAAGGUCCUCCUUCACAUAAUAUGAAGAGGACUCAUGAGAUUCUAGAGCAUAGAACUGGAGGAUUAGUGAUCUGGAGAUCAGGCAGUUCCAUAGUGUUAUACAGAGGAAUAUCAUACAAGCUUCCUUGUGUACAAUCUUUUACGGCAAGAAACGAUGAUAUUGACGAAUCAGAGUCUUCAAAGAGUGAUAACGGUCAAAGCUUUGGAGUCAAAUCCUUAAAUGAAGCUACUGAAAGACCGAGAAAUGGUUUCAGUAAUCUGUCUGGUGCAGAAAUAAUGGAUUUAAGCGAGCUCAACAUGCUGCUAGAUGAAGUUGGUCCACGAUUCAAAGAUUGGUCAGGUCGUGAACCACUGCCUGUUGAUGCUGAUCUGUUGCCUGCUGUUGUUCCUGGCUAUAGACCUCCUUUUCGGCGUCUUCCUUAUGGAGCUAAACUUAACCUUAAAAACAAAGAAAUGACGUACCUACGUAGAACUGCGAGAAUUAUGCCCCCUCAUUUUGCUUUAGGAAGGAACAGAGAACUGCAAGGUUUAGCCGCGGCCAUGGCGAAGCUAUGGAGAAGAAGUGCCAUUGCAAAGAUAGCCAUAAAACGUGGUGUGCAAAAUACAAGCAAUGAAAGAAUGGCAGAAGAACUUAAGGUAUUGACCGGAGGAACGCUACUCUCCAGGAAUAAGGACUAUAUUGUCUUUUACAGGGGUAAUGAUUUCUUGCCACCUCGUGUCACGGAAGCCCUAGUAGAAGCAGAGAGCAAAAGUGCUUUCUUACAGGAUCAAGAAGAACAAGCACGGCAAAGAGCAGCAGCCCUUAUUCAUUCUGAUACUAAAGCUCCUAAAAGGCCAUUGAUUGCUGGAACUCUUUCUGAAACUAUAGCAGCCACUUCACGCUGGGGAAACCAACCCAGUAUUGAAGAGAGGGAGAAAAUGAUGAGAGAUGCUGCUGUAGCAAGGCACGCUUCUCUUGUCAAGCAUCUUGAACAGAAGCUAGCCCAUGCAAAAGGCAAGAUCAAAAAGGCAGAAAAUUUGUUAAGGAAAUUGCAGGAAAAUCGGGAACCAUCUGAGCUGCCAACUGAUUUGGAAAUAUUAUCUGCUGAGGAAAGGUUUCUGUUUCGUAAGAUGGGUCUUAGUAUGAAACCUUUUCUGCUUCUAGGGAGGCGAGACGUUUUUGAUGGAACUAUAGAGAACAUACAUUUACAUUGGAAAUACCGGGAGCUAGUAAAGAUCAUUGCAGAGAGGAGAAAUGCAGCACAAAUAAAACACAUUGCUGUUACCCUUGAGGCUGAAAGUGGUGGCCUUUUGGUAUCUAUAGACAAGACUAUCCAAGGUUACGCAAUUAUACUCUAUCGUGGGAAAAAUUACCAGCGUCCUAGUGAAUUCAGGCCCAAAAAUCUUUUGACUAAGAGGCAGGCAUUGGCCCGUUCAAUUGAACUUCAGAGACGUGAGGCACUAAAGCAUCAUAUAACAGAAUUGCAGGAUAAGCUUCAGAAUUUGAAGUCUGAUCUAGAAGAUAUGAACAUGGUUGAGGAGAUUGAUGAGGAGACCUUAUACUCGAGAUUAGAUCCAUCUGAUGAUGAGGAUGACGUGGAAGAGAAUUUCGAGAAAGAUCAGAACUAGUAAUAGCCAAAUGCUUUUGAGGAUGGUGUUGUGUCGCUCAACUGAGGCUACCUUUUGUCACUGGAAUUGUUGGGUUAUCGGCAUAGGCGGAUCUAGGAUUUCUAGAGCAUGGGUGCACUACUAAAGAAAGGAUUUAGUGGGAAUUGGUCCCUCUUCCUUUGGGUAAAUAACUCAACAUUCAAUCAAGGGCACCGUUCAACCUUUUCGGAGCAUGGAGGCCAGCAAAUAAUAUUAGAUCAAUUCUAGGAAAUAUAUACAUAAAACACAUAAUUUAGCGGAAAGACCAUGGGUUCACGCGCACCAUAAUGCAGACCAUCCUUCUAUGAACUAUUUAUUUGUGAAAUCCUUAUCACGCAAAAAAGAAAAGGAUUUUUUGGUGAAAUGUGAACUUGUCUAGUAAGUUCUAUGACAAUAAACCGAGACUGACCAGUUUCAUUUCUGUGUUUCAAGUGAGAACUGUAACAACUACAUUGUCGGACUCUUUACUUUUUCUAACAACUUUUAUGUUAUAACAUUCUUA